GGGUCCUAUGCUUCGUCUUCAUUCACGUUUCAUCUCUCUCUCUCUCUCUCUCUCUCUCGUCUCUUUCCUUCUACCGUUCAUUUCUUUCAUUCAUAUAUACUAACUAGUAUUAAUUAACCACUCCUAUUAUUAAUUAAUAUAUAUAAAAGAAUUAAAAUACUAGUGUGUUGCUGAACAAAGGUUGAGUAAUUAAUUGUAAGUUUAUAAGUUGUUAAUUUUGAGAAAGACGAAUGGCUGGAAUGUGCUGCGGUGUUGUUGGAGAGACUGAUUCUCCGGCGAGUUCACGCUCUUCUAGACGCCGGAAUUUAGACCUACUACCUUUCAAAUACAUCGCUGACAUGGCAGUAUCGCAGCCAAGCACUUCCCGGAAACGCAGGCAACCGGAUCUCUGUACUCCAAAGGAUUUCGAAAGUUGUGAAGACACAAGCGGUGACUGUGGAAAAGACAAAAAUAACAAGAAAAAGAAGGAUGAAUCCAAGGUUAACGACAAAGUCAUUUCGGAAAAUAAACCUUCGACGGAGGGUAGUUUGGAAGUUGGAGAGUUUCCAAAGUUUGGAGUGACGUCAGUUUGCGGUAGAAGAAGAGAUAUGGAAGAUUCGGUUUCCGUGAAACCUUCUUUCUCACAAGAACCGUUUCACUACUUCGGUGUUUUCGACGGUCACGGUUGCUCUCACGUUGCGACUAUGUGUAAGGAGAGGCUUCACGAAAUCGUGAAGGAAGAAAUUAACGAAGCGUGUGAGAAUUUGGAAUGGAAGAACACUAUGCAACAAGGUUUCGCUCGCAUGGACGACGAAGUGCAGAGUUGGAACAGUAGCAGCCAAACUGUCACUUGUAGAUGCGAGCUUCAAACUCCUCACUGCGACGCCGUCGGAUCCACCGCCGUCGUUGCCGUCGUCACGCCCGAGAAAAUCGUCGUGUCCAACUGCGGUGACUCCCGCGCUGUUCUCUGCCGUAACGGCGUCGCCAUCGCCCUUUCCUCCGAUCACAAGCCGGAUCGACCCGACGAAUUGCUCCGAGUCCAAGCGGCUGGAGGGCGCGUGAUCUAUUGGGAUGGUCCAAGAGUACUUGGGGUACUCGCUAUGUCUAGAGCCAUAGGCGACAAUUAUCUAAAGCCGUAUGUGAUUUCAGAACCUGAGGUGACGGUAACUGAACGGAAGGACGAAGAUGAGUGUUUGAUAUUAGCGAGUGAUGGUUUAUGGGAUGUUGUUUCAAACGACACCGCAUGUGGUGUAGUGAGGAUGUGUCUGAAGGCUCAGAAGCAGCCGUCUCCGCCGGGGUCUCCCGGUAACAACGACGUGACAACUGACGGUUCUGAUCGGGCAUGUUCUGAUGCGUCCAUUCUGUUGACUAAGUUGGCGUUGGCGAGACAUAGUUCGGAUAAUGUUAGCGUGGUGGUCAUUGAUUUAAGGAGAGAUCAACGACAAUCAUCAAAUUCCAAGAACAAUUAAUUAAUUAAAAUCUAAGUUCGGCGAUAAAGUAAACUAAUGAAAAAAAUUAUCUUUCUUAAAUGGUACUCUGUAUAUGCACUUGGUUUUUAAGGACUCGAGGAUAUGGAGAAAUGGAGAGGUGUGACUUUUGAUUAAUCAAUCUGUAUGAUGUAAUGGGAUGGGAUUUUAGGUAUGAGUUGAGUGAUGAAGAAAGUGUAACUGUGGGAACAAAUGAAUAAGUUACAGAUAAUUUUAGUGUAGGGAAAAUUUGUGUCAACAAAGGAAUCAAUCAGCCGGUUGACACACCUUUCUUUUGUCUAUAAUCUAAUCUAUAAAUUGGUUUUUGUUUUGCUCGGUAAUGCUACCAA